AUGGAUGUUGAUGAAGCUUUGGAGGUUGGAGUAAUAUCAUAUGUUAACAUGGACGGCAGAGAAAAUGGUGCAUUAUCACGUCGUCCUCAAGAAUCAGGACAUGCUUUUCGAGCAAAGCACAAUAUUGCUCGAAAUUUCAAAAAUAAUAUGAUGAUGGCAAAAUCCCGGUUGCCUCAUCCAAUUACCUGUAGACACUGCAAUGCAAGACUGUUUCAUCAUGAAUCACGUGACACGUGUUGUAAUGGUGGAAAGGUAUCAUUCUCACGAGUUGAUGCUCCUAUAGAAUUGCAACAAUUAUUUUUGGAUGGUUCAGCUGAAGGAAAACAUGUUAGGCAACAUAUUCGAAGUUAUAACCAUGUCCUUUCAUUCACUUCAACUGGUGUUCACGUUGAUGAGAACAUUCUUGCAUCUAGUCAUGGUAUAUACACAUUUCAUGCUCAAGGUGCUUUUUACCAUAACAUAGGAGGUUUCUAUCCAAAUGAGGGUGGCAGGUCGUAUUUCUUACAACUAUACAUCUACGACACCAAUAAUGAGCUACAUAAUAGAAUGCAGGAAAAUCCACAACUGCAUCAAAAUGUAGUUCACAAAUUACAGAAAAUGCUCCAUCAGUUUAAUCCUUUUGUAAUUAGGUUCAAGAAACUUUCAAUACUUCCAAAUAUCAGUGAAUGUAGCCUCAUACUUAAGGAGCGUCCAAGUAAUCACCAUCAAUACAAUCUUCCAACUGCUGAACAAGUUGCGGCAAUUAUUGUUGGAUGUGAUGCAGAUUCUAUGGAUUAUGGAAGGGAUAUUAAUGUCAUUCGUUGUGAUGGAAAUCUCAAGAAAGUUCAAGAGACAAAGGGAUAUUAUGAUCCUUUGCAAUACUCUAUUUGCCCAAAUGAUCAAUCAAUGUUGUUAAAUGCGGGUCGACUGUUGCAACAAUAUGUUAUAGACAAUUAUGUCAAAAUUGAAUCAAGGAGAUUAAGUUGGAUUAAAGAGCACCGAAGUGAUAUACGUUCUGAAUUGUACCAAGGUUUACAUGAUGCUUUGCAUGUUGGUGAAACUAAUGCAGAGAACAUUGGAAAAAUAAAAAUAUUGCCAUCAUCAUUUAUAUGCGAUCGUCGAGACAUGACACAACAUUAUGAAGAUGGCAUGGCUAUUGUUCUUAAUGGAGGAGUCUUGGGUAAAGUUAAAAGCUACAUGUAUGUCACUGAAUUUCAAAAGCGAGGACUGCCGUAUGUGCAUAUGUUGUUGGUCUUAGAAAGUAACGACAAGUUGCGUGACCGAAAAGAUUAUGAUAGUAUGGUAAGAGCAGAAAUACCUAAAUUAGAAUGUGAACCACAGUUGCAUGAAGCUGUUGUACGACAUAUGAUCCAUGGACCUUACGGCAUAAUCAACCGAAAGUCUCCAUGUAUGAAAGACGGACAUUGUAAAAAAAGGUAUCCCAAACAAUUCUUGGAUGAAACACGUCAAGGCACUGACUCAUAUCCCGAGUAUAGGAGAAGGUUUGAUGAGUCUGUAUCAUUAGAUAAAGAUAAGUCUGUCAAUAAUAGAUGGGUGGUUCCUUAUAACCCUUGGUUACUGUUAAAGUAUGAAUGUCACAUCAAUGUAGAGAUUUACAGUAGCAUUAAAAGUAUCAAGUAUCUAUACAAAUAUGUGUACAAGGGCUCUGAUCGUGUGGCUAUGGAGGUUCAUAAAGGAUCAUACAUGGAUGAAGUUCAGCAAUAUGUUGAUGCAAGAUGGAUUUGUGCUCCCGAGGCAUUAUGGAAAAUAUUUCGAUUCACUCUUUACCAAUUAUAUCCUUCGGUUGAAAGAUUGCAUAUCCACUUGCCGAACCUCCAUCAAGUGCGCUUUUAUGAUCAUCAGCAAAUUGCAAAUGUGUUAAAUAAUGAAUGCAACUCCAAAACAAUGCUCACACAAUUCUCUGCAUUGAAUCUACGAGAUCCACAAGAAAGAAAGUAUCUGUAUAGAGAGAUUCCAGAGCAUUAUUGUUGGAACAAGCGUGUUAUGGAAUGGCAUCGUAGACGGUCAACAAGAAAAGUUAUCGGGAGAAUCUAUACGAUUACAACACCCAGGCUUCCUUUGGAGAGAGUUUUGAGUUUAUCUAUUGUUGAGGAUACUAAAGGAAUUGAUGAGAAAGAAUCCGAAGUGGUAGCAAUGUUAAAAGAACAUCCGCCUUGGGUUCGUUCCCGACCGCAACGGUGGGAGGAGCUUCGACCUGAAACAUCUUCAGAAUCAAAACAGGUAAGGAGAAAGUCUACCAUAAUCAUAAUCACGUCGCAGUGA